AUGACAGACAGCAAGUAUGCAUUUGUUCUUUUGGACGGUGAAGAUGGCAGUGUGACAAUGUGUCAGCACCGUUAUGUCGAUGAUAUCCUCAAGCGCUUUGAAAUGGAGGAGUGCAAGGCUGUGGCGAGUCCUGUGGGUGUCAGCUCUCGACUGAUGUCAAGCAACGAUGCAAGAAAGAUCGAUGUUCCGUUCCGUGAAGUUGUUGGUGCUUUGAUGCAUCUGACUACUGCAACACGACCGGACAUCGCCUAUGCUGUGAGCUUUGUGUCGCGCUUCAUGGAGAAUCCCCAAGAAGAACACUGGGUUGCGGUCAAGCGCAUCUUUCGCUACCUACAAGGCAACAAGAUGCAUUGA